AUGAGCGUAUGCUUCUCAUUGAUCCAGCCGGAUUCGGCCUACGUCAAUGGCGAAUGGGUUCAAAGUCAAUCUAACCAGUAUUUCGAUAUCUAUGAUCCAGCUUCUGGGAGAGUGGUAGCAAAAGUCCCAGAUCUCGAUGAGUCGCAAUGCGUAGCAGCUAUUGAAGGUGCUUCGGCUGCAGCAGAGAAGCUCAAAUCCCUCACUGGUAAAUCGAGAGGCCAGAUACUUAGGAGAUGGUUUGAAUUGGUUUUGGAAUCGAAGGACGAUAUCGCACAACUCAUCACUGUAGAGAAUGGAAAACCACUCGCAGAGGCGAAGGGAGAGGUUUCGUACGCCAGCGAUUUCAUUGACUGGUUUGCAGGUGCUGCGCCCAGAAUAAGCGGCACGGUCGAGCAAGCAUCAAACCCAUCGAACCGAGUCAUCACCAUUAAGCAACCUGUUGGCAUCGUUGGAAUCAUAACUCCUUGGAACUUCCCAGCAGCUAUGAUUACGAGGAAAGUUGCGGCUGCGCUUGCAGCAGGCUGUCCUUGUAUUGUAAAACCUGCUCCGGAAACACCCCUAACUGCGCUCGCGCUCGCAAACCUAGCGUCAAGAGCCGGAUUUCCUGAUGGGUCGAUAAGCAUCGUGACCACCCGUAAGAACACCAUAGCAAUUGGUAAGGUGUUAACGCAACAUCCACUGAUUCGCAAAUUCUCAUUCACGGGCUCCACUGCGGCUGGGAAGAUCCUCUCCUCGCAGUGUACACAAACAGUCAAGCGUGUAAGCUUGGAACUUGGUGGCAAUGCGCCGGUCAUUGUAUUCGAGGAUGCUGAUUUAGAAAGAACAACGGACGCAAUACUAAUGAGCAAGUUCCGAUUAUCGGGGCAGACAUGUGUUUGUGCAAAUCGGAUCUACGUCCAAUCCAGCAUAUAUGACAAGCUGGCGGCAAUGCUGAAAGCAAAGGUUGAACGGUUUCGGCUCGGAGCUGGACUGGACCCAGAGACUACUCAUGGGCCCUUGAUUAACAAACAAGCCGUGGACAAAGUCGAUUAUCAUGUUCGAGAUGCCGUGGAAAGAGGAGCAAAGAUCCUCGUUGGGGGACAGCGAGCACCCCAAUUGGGGGAGUCAUUCUAUCUGCCAACAAUUCUCCUCGACGUUCCCUUUGACGCGCUUUGUGCACGGGAAGAGACCUUUGGGCCUUUACUGCCUAUGUUCAAGUUUGAGACGGAAGAUGAGGUGAUGACAUUGGCUAACAAGCUUGAGGCUGGCCUUGCUGGAUAUCUUUUCACAACGAACGUUUCAAGAGCGUGGCAGGUGGCAGAAGGGGUUGAAGUUGGAAUGAUUGGUGUCAAUACUGGAAUAAUCAGUGAUGUCGCUUCCCCAUUUGGAGGUGUCAAACAAAGCGGCCAAGGUAGAGAGGGGUCAUCAAUCGGAAUCGAUGAGUAUCUUGAGGUUAGUCCCAUAAUUGUUAAUGGAAAAAUAAAAACAAUGGCUGACAUCCCUUAUCCAUCAAGAUCAAAAGCAUUACUUUUGGCAUUUAGUCAGAAAGAACUAUGGGCCGAUUCGUGUUUUCUCUUCUUCACAUCGCUCUUCGAAAGAGACCGUUGUAACAGGACUACUCUUGGUUCUAACACAUCAUGA